GACUACUGGCUGUGGACAGAAAUAUACUGUUGAAUCAAACAAACAAAACUGCUCUGUCGUGUAUGCAUAUUUUACCAAAUGGAACGACUGGAGCAGACUUCUCAUUUCAUACGCUGACGUACGCCUCCACAGCUCUCUCUCCACUUCCAAUUCCAAUGGCUGCGAUUCCUCUCCCCUCCCUUAAUUGCUCGGAGAAACUAUCCCCGAUUAGCUUCUACUUCAGUACCACAAAUAAGCCGCUAAUCAGCUUUCCUGGUGGAUUUAAGCUUAAGCCUCUGAAGAGCAAACCGAGGAGUAAAGCUUUUGUUUGUCGAGCUGCUUCAUCCGUUGCUAUUCGCGAUCUUGAUGCAGAUGACUUCAGGCAUCCCCUCGAUAGACAAAAUACGUUGAUUCUGAGGGCGAUUCCAGGGCUAAACGAAAUUGGAAAAGCUUUAUUAGGAACUGUUACAGAACAAGUCAUGCUUCUGGAGAAUAUAGGGACAUCUGUUCUUGUUUCUGAAAAUCAGCUCCCUGAACUUCAUGAGUUGCUGGUGGAGGCAGCCAGAAUACUGAACAUUGAAGCACCUGACUUGUAUUUGCGCCAAAGUCCUGUGCCCAAUGCAUACACUCUGGCUAUCAGUGGGAAAAAACCAUUUGUUGUUGUUCAUACAAGCUUAGUCGAGCUUUUGUCGAGAAAGGAGUUGCAGGCUGUUUUGGCUCACGAGCUGGGUCAUCUGAAGUGUGACCAUGGUGUAUGGCUCACAUUUGCUAAUAUUCUUACUCUUGGAGCGUAUUCUUUACCCGGCCUCGGCAGUUUGAUUGCUCAGAGAUUAGAAGAACAGCUCUUCCGCUGGCUCCGAGCAGCAGAGCUUACUUGUGAUCGGGCAGCACUUCUUGUUGCUCGAGAUCCAAAGGUGGUCAUCUCUGUCCUGAUGAAGUUAGCCGGUGGCUGUCCCUCUAUGGCGGAUAAAUUAAAUGUGGAUGCCUUUCUGGAGCAAGCUCGCUCUUAUGAGAAGGCUUCUUCUAGCCCAGUUGGGUGGUAUAUAAGGAAUGCUCAAACAAGUCAACUUUCACAUCCUCUUCCGGUUUUGCGUGCACGUGAGAUUGAUGAAUGGUCCAGGAGCAAAGAGUAUCAAUCUCUUCUAAAACGUGUGGAGUGGGUCAAUUCAGUGCAAAACGUUUAGCAUUGUAUAUGGCUUGGAAUUUAUUAACAAUACUCGAGUCUUUUGUACAGAUACUUCAAGGAAGACACUUAAAAUGGGGAUAUGUUGAAUAUGGUUGUUGCGUAAUAUGUAUUAUAUUUUAUUGGAAUUUCACAGUGGGAUUACUCCAUUACUAAAGGUGCGAGAUUGCCCCUUUAGGUUGGGUGGACGUGAGUCGAGGGACGAAACAUUACUUCUACAAUAGAUCUACAUACCUUCUCGAGUGGUAUUGAUCAGUGAUUAAGCAGCGAAAUGAUCUGCUUUUGUAUAUGAUAUUACGUAAUUUUCAGAAACUUUGAGAUGAUUGAAAAUGAUAAUAAACUUCUGGGAAGCAAGUCAUUUGUUUCCCUACUGCGAAAGAAAUAUCAGCAACCAUCCAAUCUGCACUAUGUUUUGGCAU